GGAGGCAGUGAAUCCAAUUUAACUUGUUCUUUCCAAUUUCCAGUUUCCAUCAUAAGUAGUUAACAGAUAAAAGGUAAGCGCAGUCAAAGGCCUCCAUUACUGGAGGCGUUGGUUUCUUUCCCUAUUGUUUUCGGUUCUUUACAUUGCUGCGCAAACGUCUCCGGCGCGUCGCCAUAUUAUUUUGUUGGUGACUAUUGUAGACUGUUGUACGUCUACCUGCUCUAUUUCAGUCAUUCGAUCGAUAGGUAUUAUUUUGAUACAUCAGUUGCAGUUCUCUCAACUUGAGAGGAUGAAUGAUCAGCAUCAUUCGGUACCUAGGGGAUCAUGGUAGCUCUCGUGAGAAGAACUCCCGGAGCUUUGCUUCGAAAAUUAAUAUCUUGUGUUGCGAUUGUGCUAGUCUUGAAUUUAUUCCUUUACAGCAGUUUAAACCUGACACAGCUUGGUUUUUCUUCUAAGAUAACCAACUCACGCCACAAUGUAUGUGAGGCGCAAGGUUGGCGUCAAUACCAACCUGAAAGACCCCGAAAGGUCUAUGAUCUAUUCAUGCUGAGCUCAGAGCUUGACUGGCUCGAGAUCCGUCUUCACACUCUUGCAGACCAUGUCGAUUACUUUGUCGUAGUUGAAUCUAAUAUGACCUUCACCGGGCAUUCCAAACCUCUUCUAUUUCUCGACAACGAGUCACGUUUUUCUCAAUUUUCUCCGAAGAUAAUUUACCAUCUCCUUGAGAACCGACCCUUAACUUCUCGACGAACAUGGGACUAUGAAGAUCACCAACGUAACGCUAUGUUUACACAAGUGAUACCACGGCUCAACGGCACCGAAACUGCGAACAUUGGAGAUGUCCUCCUCGUUUCGGACAUUGACGAGAUCCCACGUCCCGAGACUCUUGACCUCCUACGAGCUUGUGAUUUUAACAAGCGGCUCACGCUUAGCAGUCGCUUCUACUACUAUGGUUUUCAGUUUCUACAUAAAGGUCCCGAGUGGCCUCAUCCUCAAGCAACAAUCUACGCCGGUCCUACAAAAACCAUUCUCCCAGCCGACCUGAGAAAUGGAGAAGGAGGUUUCAGGCUCUUCAACUAUUUCCAAAAGAGAAAUCUGGCGAAUGCAUCUUGGCAUUGUUCGAGUUGCUUUUCAACGAUUGCGGAGAUAUUGAAUAAGAUGGCAAGCUUUUCGCAUACAACUUUGAACCAGGAGGUAUUUAGGAGUGAAGCCAGAAUAGUGGAUAGAGUCAGGAAAGGGUUGGAUUUAUGGGAUAGGAAGGGUGAGGAUUAUGAAAUACUGAUGGCGAAUAGUGAUAUCCCGGGAUGGGUUGGUAACAACAGUGAAAGAUUCGGAUAUCUAUUGAGAAGGGAGGGUGAAAAUGCUGGGUUUGUGGACUAUGUGGCUGGUGGUGGUGAUGGAAUAACAUACUGACUGUCUGGUGGAAUAUAUAAAACCUGUGAACAAAAAAGGGAAUGCACUGUAGGAAAAAAGUUCAAACAUCACA